UGCCUCUCCACUUUCGUUUCGCUGGGUACUCUUAAGUAAGUUGUGGUCAGUAUGUCUGGACGUGGCAAGCAAGGCGGUAAAGCUCGCGCUAAGGCCAAGACCCGUUCUUCUCGGGCUGGGCUGCAGUUCCCUGUAGGCCGAGUGCACCGCUUACUCCGUAAGGGCAAUUAUGCCGAGAGGGUUGGGGCCGGCGCGCCGGUGUACCUGGCUGCGGUGCUGGAGUACCUGACUGCUGAGAUCCUGGAGUUGGCUGGCAAUGCGGCCCGCGACAACAAAAAGACCCGCAUCAUCCCGCGUCACCUCCAGCUGGCUAUCCGCAACGAUGAAGAGCUCAACAAGCUGCUGGGCAAAGUCACCAUCGCGCAGGGUGGUGUCUUGCCCAAUAUCCAGGCCGUGCUGCUGCCUAAGAAGACCGAGAGCCACCAUAAGGCCAAAUAAGGAGCGAGGUUGUGAAAACUGAAAAACAAAGGCUCUUUUCAGAGCCACGCUA